GGCAGAUAGAACAUCCACCUGGUCAUGGAUCACCUGCUGGUGCUGCUGCUGUUACUGUGGAGCUCAGGACUCCAGACUGAGGGAAAACACAGCUCAACAGAACCUGUCAGGUUGGCGGGAGGAAACAGUCGCUGCUCAGGAACACUGGAGGUGAAAGAUGGGGGAGAGUGGAAACCAGUGGAUGACUUUGAGUGGACCCUGAAGACAGCAGCUGUUGUCUGUAGAGAGCUGGACUGUGGCUCUGCUGUUUCUGUAAGAGAGAGAGAGGAGUCCUCAAAAAGACCCAUAUGGUGGAUCAGCUCUUCCUGUGUUCAACCUGAGUUUUCUGUGAGGGCCUGUGAGAGAACAGGUUACUCUAAAAACGUCCUGACUCUCACCUGUUCAGACUCUGUCAGGCUGGUGAAUGGAACUAGUCUGUGCUCAGGCAGACUGGAGGUGAAGUCUGACCAGUCUAAUCAGUUGUGGUCCUCAGUGUGUGAAGCUGACUUUGACCAGCAGGAUGCAGAGGUGGUCUGUAGGGAGCUCGGCUGUAGGGCUCCUUCCGUCCUCCAGGGGGCGCUCUAUGGAGAAGCAGAGGCUCCAGUGUGGACCAAAGAGUUCCAGUGUGGAGGUCGUGAGUCUGCUCUCCUGGACUGUAGGAGCUCAGGCUCAACUAGAAACACCUGCUCACCUGGAAAAGCUGUUGGACUCACCUGCUCAGAACCUGUCAGGUUGGUGGGAGGAGACAGUCGCUGUGCAGGAACACUGGAGCUGCAACAUCAGGGAGAGUGGAGACCAGUGAGAUACUCUGACUGGAACCUGAAGACAGCAGCUGUUGUCUGUAGAGAGCUGGACUGUGGCUCUGCUGUUUCUGUAAGAAAGCGCAUUAAGCAAACAGCCAGGCCUUUGUGGAAGACCUUCCCUUCCUGCUUUCAGUCUGGAUCUGCUCUGAGGGACUGUGUCACGCCAGAUGUCUCUUUCUACCUGUUGGCUCUCACCUGUUUAGACUCUGUCAGGCUGGUGAAUGGAACUAGUCUGUGCUCAGGCAGACUGGAGGUGAAGUCUGACCAGUCUAACCAGUUGUGGUCCUCAGUGUGUGAAGCUGACUUUGACCAGCAGGAUGCAGAGGUGGUCUGUAGGGAGCUCGGCUGUGGGGCUCCUUCCGUCCUCCAGGGGGCGCUCUAUGGAGAAGCAGAGGCUCCAGUGUGGACCAAAGAGUUCCAGUGUGGAGGUCGUGAGUCUGCUCUCCUGGACUGUAGGAGCUCAGGCUCAACUAGAAACACCUGCUCACCUGGAAAAGCUGUUGGACUCACCUGCUCAGAACCUGUCAGGUUGGUGGGAGGAGACAGUCGCUGUGCAGGAACACUGAAGCUGAAACAUCAGGGAGAGUGGAGACCAGUGAGUUACUCUGACUGGAGCCUGAAGACAGCAGCUGUUGUCUGUAGAGAGCUGGACUGUGGCUCUGCUGUUUCUGUAAGAGAGAGAGAGGAGUCCUCAGACAGACCUGUGAGGAGGAUUGGGUCUGACUGUGUUCAGUCUGGAUCUGCUCUGAGGGACUGUGUCAUAUCUGAUUUCUCUUCCAAACUGUUGGAUCUCACCUGUUCAGACUCUGUCAGGCUGGUGAAUGGAACUAGUCUGUGCUCAGGCAGACUGGAGGUGAAGUCUGACCAGUCUAACCAGUUGUGGUCCUCAGUGUGUGAAGCUGACUUUGACCAGCAGGAUGCAGAGGUGGUCUGUAGGGAGCUCGGCUGUGGGGCUCCUUCCGUCCUCCAGGGGGCGCUCUAUGGAGAAGCGGAGGCUCCAGUGUGGACCAAAGAGUUCCAGUGUGGAGGUCGUGAGUCUGCUCUCCUGGACUGUAGGAGCUCAGGCUCAACUAGAAACACCUGCUCACCUGGAAAAGCUGUUGGACUCACCUGCUCAGAACCUGUCAGGUUGGUGGGAGGAGACAGUCGCUGUGCAGGAACACUGGAGCUGCAACAUCAGGGAGAGUGGAGACCAGUGAGUUACUCUGACUGGAGCCUGAAGACAGCAGCUGUUGUCUGUAGAGAGCUGGACUGUGGCUCUGCUGUUUCUGUAAGAGAGAGAGAGGAGUCCUCAGCCAGACCUGUGUGGUGGAUCGGGUCUGACUGUGUUCAGUCUGGAUCUGCUCUGAGGGACUGUGGAAUGUCAGCUGACUUUCCCUUCAUCCUGAAUCUCACCUGUUUAAACUCUGUCAGGCUGGUGAAUGGAACUAGUCUGUGCUCAGGCAGACUGGAGGUGAAGUCUGACCAGUCUAACCAGUUGUGGUCCUCAGUGUGUGAAGCUGACUUUGACCAGCAGGAUGCAGAGGUGGUCUGUAGGGAGCUCGGCUGUGGGGCUCCUUCCGUCCUCCAGGGGGCGCUCUAUGGAGAAGCGGAGGCUCCAAUGUGGACCAAAGAGUUCCAGUGUGGAGGUUGUGAGUCUGCUCUCCUGGACUGUAGGAGCUCAGGCUCAACUAGAAACACCUGCUCACCUGGAAAAGCUGUUGGACUCACCUGCUCAGAACCUGUCAGGUUGGUGGGAGGAGACAGUCGCUGUGCAGGAACACUGGAGCUGAAACAUCAGGGAGAGUGGAGAACAGUGAGUGAAACUUACUGGAACCCGAAGACAGCAGCUGUUGUCUGUAGAGAGCUGGACUGUGGCUCUGCUGUUUCUGUCAGACAGAGAGAGGAGUCCUCAGCCAGACUUCUGUGGAGGAUCUGGUCUAAAUGUCUUCAGUCUGGAUCUGCUAUGAGGGACUGUGUCACAUCAGGUUACUCACCCUUCGUUCUGAGUUUCACCUGUUCAGACCUGCUGAUUCUGCCCCAAAUCUCUGUUUCCUCCUCGAUGGAUUGGGCCUCUGACUCCCAGCAGCAGGUGCUCAGGGGCUCCGCCUUCACUAUCAGAUGCUCCAUCCAGCCGCAGUACCCCGGAGGCUCCUUCCAGCUUACCUUCACCUCCUCCAACACAGCACGCAACUACACCAACCAACUGGCUGUCAAUCACUCUGCCCACUUCCUGUUUUCGGCUGCAGAGCCUGCCCACCAAGGAAGCUACAGCUGCGUUUAUCACGUCGAUGUUUUUUCUUAUAACUUCUCCUCCGAGAGCCGUCUGCUGUCUCUCACCGUCUUAGAUCCGUUCGUACUCAUCAGAGUGGGCAUCCUCCUGUUUAUGUUUGUGCUGCUGGUGAUCGCCGCCCUUCAUUUGCACUUUAAGGUCAGGAGGGGGUGGCAGCCAGGCAGACAGGAGAUUAUUGAGCUGGAUCAGUUAGACCUGUGUGUCUCUGCAGCUGAAGGAGGGCUGGAUGAAGAGGAGGAGGCUCUGAAAGCAGAGGCGGACCUCCGAGGAGCUCAAUCUGCUGAUGCAAAUGCAAUGAAUGAUUAAGAAAUGGGUCGCAGGGGUUACUGUAGCCAGUCACAGUUAUCUUUCUGGCCAAAGGCAGGGUACACCCUGGAUGAGUCGCCAGCCCAUCGCAGGGCCCUUACUGAUGGCAGAGGCCGCCACGCAAGGUGCCAUCUGCACAUCAGGAGUAAAUUUGGGGUUCAGUAUCUUGCCCAAAGAUACUUCGACAUGCAUACCUGACAAAUAAAGUACAAUAUUAACAAUCA